UGACGUUAACUGUUCAUAACCGCCCCCGACCAACCAACCCGCUCCGCGCUCACACCACGCACGCACGCACGCGCGCGCGCACGCUGACGCACACACAUAAGAGGUUGGUGAGAGGAGCAGCGGCGCACAGAGCUCCGGAGCAGCCUGGACACAUCCUCGCUAUCCCUUCCACACUUACAUCUUUCUGUAUUUUUUUUUUUUAUUAUAUACAUGCACAAACACCGCCAUCAUGUUGUGGACAGCGAGUCAAGUCCUGAGGAAAUUCUCCACCUCCUCCCAUUAUUACCAGAAUAAGCUAAAACUGGCCAUUAUUGGCCAGAGUCUGUUUGGCCAAGAGGUGUACAGCAACCUGAGGAAGCAGGGUCACAAGGUUGUGGGUGUGUUCACGGUUCCUGACAAAGAUGGCAAGGCUGACCCCCUGGCGGUGGCAGCGGAGAAGGACGGGACGCCAGUCUUCAAAUUUCCAAGGUGGCGCGUCAAAGGAAAGCCUAUCUCAGACGUGGUGGAGGCCUAUAAAUCAGUGGGCGCGGAGCUCAACGUCAUGCCCUUCUGUUCCCAGUUCAUCCCCAUGAACGUAAUCGACCAUCCCAAGCAUGGCUCCAUCAUCUACCACCCGUCCAUCUUACCCCUGCACAGAGGAGCUUCUGCAAUCAACUGGACCCUUAUUCACGGUGACAAAAAAGCUGGCUUCACGGUGUUCUGGGCGGACGACGGACUGGACACGGGCCCCAUCCUGCUGCAGAGAGAAUGUGCCGUGGAGCCGAAUGACACCGUGGACACGCUGUACAAUCGCUUUCUCUUCCCAGAGGGCAUCAAAGCCAUGGUGGAGGCGGUGCAGCUCAUUGCUGACGGAAAGGCCCCUCGAAUCCCCCAGACAGAAGAAGGAGCGACUUAUGAGGGUAUCCAGAAGAAAUCCAACUCCAAGGUUAACUGGGCCCAGCCAGCCGAAGCCAUCCACAACUGGAUCCGCGGCCAUGACAAAGUCCCCGGAGCUUGGACUGUCAUUGAUGGUCAGCCUGUGACCCUAUAUGGCUCGUCCAUGUUGGGGGGGUCCGUCCCCGCCGGUCAAGCCCUGGAAAUCGAGGGGGCCUCCCAGCCCGGCCUUGUCACGAAGAACGGGCUGGUCCUGUACGGAACCGAUGGCAAAGCUCUCCUGGUGAAGAACCUGCAGUUUGAAGACGGGAAGAUGAUCCCUGCCUCCAAGUACUUCUCCUCAGGAGAGAGCUCCAGCGUGGAGCUGACCGACGACGAGAAGAAGAUGGCCGAGGAAAUCAGGAACAUCUGGAAGGGCAUCCUCAGCAAUGUGGCCGCCGUCGAGGACACGACAGACUUCUUCAAGUCCGGAGCAGCUUCCAUGGAUGUCGUUAGGUUAGUCGAGGAGGUCAAGCAGAAGUGCGCCGGCGUCCAGCUGCAAAACGAGGACGUGUACAUGGCCACCACCUUCCAGGACUUCAUCCAGAUGUUCGUCCGCAAGCUUCGAGGGGAAGACCAGGAGGAGGAGCUGGUCGUCGACUAUGCGAGCAGAGAAGUGAACAACAUGACGGUGAAUAUGCCGUACCAGUGUUUUAUUGAUGGCAAGUUUGAGGAUGCGGAAAAUGGCAAGACCUACAACACCAUUAAUCCCACUGAUGGAUCUGUGAUCUGUAAGGUGUCGUACGCCUCAGUCGGAGACGUGGACCGGGCUGUUGCUGCUGCCAAAGAAGCUUUUGAUAAUGGACCAUGGGGCAGGAUGAACCCCAGAGAUAGAGGAAGUCUGCUGUAUAAGCUCGCAGACCUGAUGGAGGAACACCAGGAGGAGUUGGCCACUAUUGAGUCCAUUGACUCAGGAGCUGUUUACACGCUCGCCCUCAAGACACACGUGGGCAUGUCCAUCCAGACGUUCCGCUACUUUGCAGGCUGGUGUGACAAAAUCCAGGGCAAGACGAUCCCCAUCAACCAAGCUCGACCCAACCGGAACCUGACCUUCACCAAGAAAGAACCUCUGGGAGUUUGUGCUAUAGUCAUUCCGUGGAACUACCCUCUCAUGAUGCUGGCCUGGAAGAGCGCUGCCUGCCUGGCGGCUGGAAACACCCUGGUCCUUAAACCUGCGCAGGUAACUCCCUUGACCGCUCUGAAGUUUGCUGAGCUUUCAGUGAAAGCCGGAAUCCCUAAAGGAGUCAUCAACAUAUUGCCAGGCUCGGGUGGCAUGGUGGGACAGCGACUCUCCGACCACCCAGACAUUCGCAAGCUGGGCUUCACCGGCUCCACGCCGAUCGGUAAACAGAUCAUGAAGAGUUGUGCGCUCAGUAACCUGAAGAAGGUCUCUCUGGAGCUGGGAGGAAAAUCCCCCCUCAUCAUCUUCAGCGACUGUGACAUGGACAAGGCUGUCCGCAUGGGCAUGAGUUCGGUGUUUUUCAACAAGGGGGAGAACUGCAUUGCAGCUGGACGCCUGUUUGUGGAGGAGGCCAUACACGAUGAGUUCAUCAGCCGAGUGGUGGAGGAGAUCAAGAAGAUGAAGAUCGGAGACCCUCUGGACCGCUCCACAGACCAUGGUCCACAAAACCACAAAGCUCACCUGGACAAACUGCUGGAGUACUGCGAUACAGGAGUGAAGGAGGGAGCCACGCUGGUGUACGGAGGCAAACAGGUUGACAGGCCAGGUUUCUUCAUGGAGCCCACUGUAUUCACUGACGUGGAGGACCACAUGUUCAUUGCUAAAGAGGAAUCCUUCGGCCCUGUCAUGGUCGUGUCCAAAUUCAAAGAUGGCGACGUGGACGGCGUGCUUCAGAGAGCCAACGACACAGAGUAUGGCCUGGCCUCCGGCGUGUUCACCCGGGACAUCAACAAAGCCAUGUACGUCAGCGAGCGACUGGAGGCUGGCACCGUGUUCGUAAACACAUACAACAAGACCGACGUGGCCUCGCCUUUUGGAGGCUUCAAGCAGUCGGGCUUCGGCAAAGACCUCGGAGAAGACGCCCUCUUGGAAUACCUCAAAACCAAAGCAGUGACCGUUAGAGUAUUGAGCCUCCCAAUGUUACAACGAACUCCGACUCACUUCCUGAAAGAAAAGGAAUUCAGUGAUACAGGAUUUUGUGGGUUUUUUUUUUUUUUUUUUUUUCUUCCAAACCGUGAGUCUGGAUGUGCAUUUUCACCAGGAUUGUACCAGCAGCUAGAGAGAGCUUGGUGGUCCUUUUGGGCUACUUGGCUUUUCUUGGAACUAUUACACAUAUCUUGAACAAAGGGAAAGUUUUCUUGUUGUUAUUGUUUUAUACAUAUGGACUUGGACACAUCCUCUGACACGGAUGCCCAGCCGACUGUGGGAAGCAGAGCUGUCUGCGACGCUGUUUGUAUUGGAGCAAAAGGAAACUAGUUUGAGCUUAAAAAGAUCACUCCUUAAAACAUGUGUUGGCCUUUCUCAGCUUCGUGAACUUGUCAAGCUGCCUUGAUUUUUCCCUUUGUACGCUUCUAAAGGGAGUUUUUUUAGCUGUUGUGUGCUACAGCAAAAGCUGAGCAGUUCUUCACCCUUGGACAAAGUGAAUGUCGUCAUGAUCCAGUGUUUUUAGUCAGAUUCACGGCUAUUAAAGUCUUAAAGACGGAACUAAGCAAAGUUGCUAGCUAGGAGAGUCCCAGGUCAUGUGCAAAUACUUAGACCUGAUUUCCAUCUUACAAUGAAGGUACAUGGAAAUUAAUAAAAUUAAUGCCAUGCAUAUGUUUAGAUGCUUAGUUUUGUAAACUAAAGUACAUCUCAUCAGUAUUAAUGGUCUAGAUGAGUAUUGUGACCCUCUGUGUCCCACCGACCUCAAUGUUCUAGACGAUUUUAGUUUUUUUCUUGACAGCAACAGAUAUUUUGUCCAAAACGGAGUUGAAGCAACUGAUUUCCUUUUAAAUGUUAAAUUUAAGGACUACCGUCCCCAGUCUGAACUCAGCACUUAGAAGUGGUCCCAGACCUUAAGGCAGGCAGAAAACUGCAGCAGCCAGCGCAGUCUCUCCCUUUCACCAUGAACAACACUGUGAAGAGUGAAACUCACACAGCGUCAUUGUUAAAAGAUCACCGCCCCCUUUCGGCGGUCCUUCUGACCCUUUUACCCUGGAGAAGCGAUCUUCUUGUAUUGAUGGCUUUUUUUGAUAAGAAAUGACUCUUGAAAAAGAAACUUGAAACAGAAACUAUGCUUUAACACACCAUCUAAAUCAGCCAGAGAAAUUGUACAGCUCAGUACUGGGCUAUUGCAUUGAUCAUAAUGCAGGAAAAGGGUCAAAUAAGGAAGAGCCCCACAUAAAGGUUCGAUCAGCUUCUUAUAGAUCAGCAAGGGCACGCCCCUGCUGGAGGAGUAUACCCCCCCAACAUGUCUGAAAAUGUGUCAUUGUCAGAAAUAGCAUAGACUCCAAGGUUUAUCCACAUGUACAUGCUGCAUCUCUGACAGUGUCAG